GGGAACUCGCAAAGUCUCCGGAUUCCGGGCCUCUGCCGACUCCCGUCCUGAAUCUCCUGAUUGUCCAUCUCUUAUCUUCUCGUCUCCUUUCAUCUUAUCUUGAACGUUAUCUUGAUGAUUGCAACGUCCUGAUUGAUCGCCGAUUAUCUCCGUACUCAGUAUAUACUUCACCCAUGGAAGAUGCCACCAAUCUCGAACCUACAGAUCCCACCACCUCCUCAAGACCUCCAUCUCCAGUUCCUCUCUCACAGUCCGAACACAAUGAACAUGAAUCUGAAUACCCCAUGAUGUCGUCCUGGGCUGAUCCGGAUCCCCAGAGGAGUCCGAGUCCAAGUCCAAGUCUACAAACAGACGCCAAGACAGAUAACAUCAACGACAGCAGUAUUGAUAUUAUCCCCGCCGCUCAUUCUAUUAUCCAUUUAAUCCAAUGCCCGCGCUGCUCGUUACCUCUCAAAUAUCCUCUCCGCUUACCCUGCGGGUAUACGCUGUGUCGGUCGUGUCUACCACCUGUCCGGCCGCGGAUUGGGAUCACUUAUCCCGUCCGCGAGGAGAGGGUGCAGGGGUUUAGUUGUUAUUGGGGGGCUAAGAAGCCAUGUUCUGGGGAACAUUGUUUGGAGGAUUGUGGGGUUGAUGUUUUGUUGUCCAAGCUGGUUGGUUUGUAUGGUGAGGUUUUGGGGGGUGCCGGAACGGAUUCUGCUAUAGAAGAAGAGGGUAAGGGUGCUAUGAAGGUGGCCUGGAAAAGAAAAGGUGAUGAUGUCGAUCGACAACUGCAAGAGAAGGGUGACUUGGAGAAAAGCACAGACAUUACACGGGGUCAGUUAUUAGAGGGGGUUUACGACUUGGUGAAACGGGGAGAGUUCGAGUAUGAUGCGACGGAUGUCGUUUAUGAGGCUCUCAUGGAUGCGGAGACAGGUGACAAGAAGAAGAACGACGAUAAUAAUGACAAUGGGUAUACCCAACGAGAUCGGGUGGUCUUCGAGAAGCUCAAGGAGAAUCUACGGAACGAGCUGGACUGCCAGGUCUGCUACGCGCUGAUUUUAGAACCCUUGACCACACCCUGCGGCCAUACCUUCUGUCGGAAGUGCGUUGCCAGGGUCCUGGAUCACUCCGACCUCUGUCCUAUCUGUCGACGGAAACUGAACCUGCCACCGAGUGUACAGUCCGAGCCUGUGAAUCGGAGAGUAGCUCGCCUCGUCGAUCUGCUCUACCCGGAGCAGAUUGCAGCGAGAAGAGACGCAGCAGUCCGUGAAGAAGCGGGGCUGGACAGCGAGAGAACGGUCCCUUUGUUUGUUUGCGCUCUGACAUUCCCCACAAUGCCGACUUUCCUGCACAUCUUUGAGCCCCGGUACCGGCUCAUGAUCCGGCGCGUGAUGGACAGCGGAGGAGGCAAGUUCGGAAUGCUGAUGUAUAAUCGUUCCGGCGAGCCGCAGGGGGAACUGGGGGCGUCGCAGUUUAUGCAGUACGGUACGAUGUUGAUGAUCGAUCGCUUCGAAUUGCUUCCCGAUGGGAGGAGUCUCGUGCUUGCUACUGGUUUGUCGCGUUUCAAGGUCCUCGAAUGGAGUCUCCUGGAUGGGUAUCAUGUUGGGAAGAUCAAACGGGUUGACGAUGUAUCGUUGGCAGAAGAGGAGAGUCUGGAAGCUACAGAGACGAUGGCGGCCACUAUUGCUGCUACACAGAAUGGUAAUGAGGAUGGAAACAAUGAAAAUGCAGAUGAGGUGCUGUUGGAAUCCAUGUCGACUCAGCAACUGUUGCAAAUGGGAUUGGAUUUUGUGCACAGACAAAGAGCGAAUGGCGCUACAUGGCUCCAACCUCCCUUCCUCAUGGCAUAUCCAGAUACACCGACCGAUCCCGUGAAAUUCCCUUGGUGGCUUGCCAGUGUUCUUCGCAUUUCGGAGGAGGAAAGAUACCCGCUUUUACUAACAACCAGUGUCCGGGAGAGGCUUAAGAUUACCGCGGGCUGGGCAAGAAAGCUGGAGAGAAAGGACAGUGGCUCACUCCUUGCUUUCUUGCGAAGGCCCGCGCAAAUCCACAAACUGCCUAUCUUAUGACUAGCCGUCCCUCUCUUUGUCUUCAUCUUCAUCUCUCUGGUGAUUGUUCCACUCUCAUUGCAGUUCUUUUCGGGACCGUCUACGAGCAUUGUCACUUCCUUCACGCCGUUUUCCUUUUCAAUUUCCAUCUCCAUCGGCUCUGCCCCUGUCGUGCCGUCUGCAGUGAGUCAGCAACCGCAACAGAUUGCAAACAACAACGACAACAGUUCUGAAGAGGUGGAAACGUAUACUCCACAGAUGCUUGUUAUAGGCACCUUAUUUGCUGUCUUGAUGGUGCAGAUGGGCACUAGCCUUGCUCAAGUCGUGCAAGCUAGAUGGCGGAGAAGAGGAGCAGACGCAGUGGAGAUUGCUGAAAUGCCUGCUACUGCGGAGCAGGAACGAGAGCGUGAGCAGCCUGGGGCUGCGCCAGAGGGAAUUGAAGGUGAAGAUGGAGCAGAGGGACGUGCCGGGGGGCCUACGGGGGAAGUGGAGUAGGUGUGGUUAGUUGAGGGUGAUUUAGAUGUCGCUGAUCGCAAUGAGGUGUAGUAUAUAGAAUCCCCGUCCUGUCACGGAUUAUUUCACUGAGCUACGGGCAGUUAUGACUAUUACUAUUUCUAGGUACAGCAUCUCUAAUUGACAUGCUGCAAUUCUAUUAAGACAUCAUUGCUCG